AUGUUGCUCUCUCCACCGUCUCUCCGUCCCGGCUGCUGAUGUUCCCGGCUGGAAUCCCGGGCCCAGACUCGCCAACAUGGGGUUGAUGGAAUUUUAUCUCGAGAUCGACCCGGUGACCCUGAAUCUGAUCAUCCUGGUGGCCAGUUACGUGAUUCUUCUGCUGGUCUUUCUCAUCUCUUGCAUCCUUUAUGACUGCCGGGGCAAGGACCCCACUAAGGAGUACGCGCCGGAUACCGCCUCCUCCCCUGCACCUCCGCCACCACCGUCUGGACAGUCGCCUAUCCGCCUCCUGGUCAUGCAAAACUCACCUGCCUCACCCCGCUACGACCAGGCAGAUGCUGUGGGUGAGACUCCAGAGCUAAGGGGAGGAGACCGUGGUGAGAAGAGGAGCACGCUGGUCUGAGGAAGACCCUUGUGAGGGGAGGCAUUGGAGGACCAUGGAGGACCCCUAUUGUAAGACGUUGAAUUGAGAAAGGCCCUCGGUGGAGUGUGCAUUUGAAAGUGUGGUACACUCUUGGUUUUGAGCUACCCUGUAUGGAGCUGGACGCUGGAACUAUGGGGCCUGGUGAGAUGAGAAGAACAUGCUUGGUCUGAGCAGGACCUUAGAUCAAGAUGGAAGAAGCCCUAGUUUUUGGUGCCUUGUUUUGAGAAAGGAAUUUGUCAAAGGAAAGCCCUUCAUGAGGGAAAGAAGAAUCCGAAUUUCAGAAAAAGACCCUGGUUUAUGGAGUGUGAGGAGGAGAGAGCAUGCGGUGUCUGAAGAACCUGGUGCUCAGAAGACAAGGGGUCUUCUUUUAUGAGUUUUAUUUUGAAGAAUCCAUGUCUAAUGACAAUGUGGAUUAGGAUGGACCUUGGAGAGCCCCGGUUUUUGGUGGACUCUGCUGUGUGUAGCGUUGAGGCAGAAGUCAGAAUCACGAUAUGAACCGGGUUAAAGCUUCUGAAGAUGAAAGGAUUGCAAGCUUUGUUCUGUCGUCAGAUGAGCUUUCACUGUCCAGACUGCAUCUGUCCUGCUGAGGGAUGUGCCCGGUGAAAAGGAAAAUACAAUCAGACUGUCAGCAAACAAGCCUCACAUUUUGACUGUAAAUACACUUGAGUCAUAAGGAGGACACUGUGCAAAUAUUUCAUAUAUAUUUCACAAUUUCCCAUGGAAACCAAGAACGUUUAGCUUUCUCACUGGCCAGAACAUGGAUGAUAUCACAUCUGGUUGUCGUUGAGUUCUGAACGUUGAUGUUUGUCAGAUCUGACGUGACAGAAAAUAAAAAGACAAACGAUUUUAAUCCCCUGAAGUCUCUUAAUCCCUCAGCACCAAAAAAGCCUGACCCUCUCCUGGGUCAACUGUAUCUGGCUGCUGAUUGGCUGCAGCAGCGUCUGGACACCAUGUUUAGGAACUGGAGCAGGAAAAUCCUCUUAUAUAAAAAAAAUAACAUCCAUAUUCGGGAUUGAAGCUUCGUCCGAAGGAUUAAAGAUUAUUGAUGUAGAUUUGUACGUGAGAUUACAUCACUCCUACCUCUUUCAGUCAUCCCCUGCACUCCCUCUCCCUUUACAUCCUCAUUGAGGUCCUACAGUUAACGCCCCUUGCUAAUGUGUCCUGCACUGCUCCGUCAACCCUGCCACCGCUGGUGCUGCCCUACUCGCUCUUAUACCUAUUGUUCCCUUCACUCCAAUCCCGAACCUCCCAGGAUGCUGAAUCCCGUCUACAACAGCCCAUCUGGGUCCCUGACUCCCUUACUCUGCACCCUUCUGCUGCCCCCUUCAGUUUAGCGCUAAUAGAACAUGUGGUGUAGCUACUGUUUAGCUUCAAUUGAGAAAUAUCUCCAGUGUCCUCAGGAAAGUUUGGCUUCUUUUGUUGCACAACAACGUCAGGAAAAUUGUUUGUUUUCUCUGUCAUCUCUCUGCAAUACUCCAGAUGAAUAAAUUCAUACAAUAGUU